ACCUCCGAUUGGCAUUAGUCUUUCCACGGAAGCUGCUGCGAUAGAAAGUAUUCCACAUCGAAAUCAAUAUGAAGUUCAUUGCUGCUGUCUGUUUGAUUUUCGCCCUGAUGGGCCUUGCCUUGGGCCUCAAGGACCCCAUCUGUGGACAACCUGCUGCAGUUGAAGGCAAUGGUAUCAUCAAGUGCGCCGCCUUUGUGCCCAGUUUCAGCUACCAUUCCGAGUCCAAUUCCUGCGAGUCCUUCGUCUACGGCGGCUGCGGUGGUAAUGAUAACAGAUUCCCGACCCAGGAGCAGUGCGAGAACAAGUGCAAAGAAUAAAUAUGUUGUUAAAAAUAAUAUCCAAUAAAAAGAACAAUUUAUAGUGAACUA